CGGGCCGGCCUCGGAAGCCAUGGCCAGGGCGUCGGCAGGCAGCAGCAGCCGCGCGCCGCCUGCUCCGCCCGGCAUGCCGUCUGCGCCGUCGCGCACCGUCCUUGGCGCCAUCGAUAACGCUGCGGCUAUUGCCCGCCGCCGCGAGAAUAAUCCCGCUACGGCGGCCAGGCUCGACGACCGCAUCGCCAAGCGCAAGAAUGCGCGUGAGGAGGCGCAGGCUGGCGUCGAGCACGUCGAGCGUGCGGCAGCAGCCCGGGCAGCCGCGCUUGGUGCGCUCCGCAGCAUUACUCUCACUCUCGAGAGCGUGCGUGCCGCAGUCCUAGCAAUUCACUGCCCGCAUGGCCAGCAGCGCCAGAGCUCAAUCGAUGCAGUGGCGCGCGUCGUGCACAUCAGCAACUUCCAGGACGUGGCCAAGCUCCUCUUCGAGCCGCUGCUCGUUGACCUGCACAGCGUCCCCGCCUUUUGCAUCCCGGCGGCGGCGGGCCAGAAUAGCAGCCAUCUCUACGUUCGCCAGGCGCCGCUUUCUGGCGCGGCGCUAGACACCUUUGAGCCUCAGCUACUCUCCGACACGCCCGCGGAGCGGCAGCACGUCGACUGCCUGUGCACAGCACUGAGUGCCGCGGCGUCCUCCGGCACAGCCGGCUCCUCGCCUUUCCUAAAGUACGGCGGGACGACUCAUCGCGACGCGCCUGCUGCCGCGCUGCUCCGCGCAGAGGAGGACGAGAAGGGCAGCAGUCGCCGCGUGCAGCAGUGGAGCAAGGUGCUGCAGUUUGACGUCUUUGAGCUAGCCGGAGUAGAUGAUGGUGCUGCUACUCUCAUGGACUGGCGGGCCAGUCGCUGCGCACAGGAGUGCGAGGCGGUGCUCAUCUCUAUCCUCGGAGGCUCCGGCGGCAGCGUGACGGCUAACAAUGCGCCCGGUGGCUUCCACUACGUCUUUGCGCCGCCCCCCGCCCUUGCUGCGUCUGUUCGAUCCAUGACACCUUUCCGCCAAGCAGCGCCGUCGCUCAGCUGCAGCUCGGAGAUGACGCCGCACGCCAUCCUCAAGCGCGCUCGCGGCCUGCUUCUGCAGCACCAGCACCUGCUGCCCGGCAGCCUCGUCAUCAUCAACGACGCGAGCUUUGCUCAUCUCCUCGAGGCUGCAGAGGGGCCCGCCAGCGGCGGCAUUAUCAUCGGUGCCGACAUUACUCUCGAGGCGCUGCAAGACAGCCGCGUCUCCUACUUCAGCGACGCCGCCGGCCCUGGGCCUAGGCUCGGUCGCGACAUCUACGACAGCCUGCAGGCGCGCAGCGGCCGCAGCCUCAAGAAUGCCGUCUCCAUCGACGUCUGGUCCCUCAGUAAUCGGGGCAAAGAGCUGAACCUGUUCUACGCGGUGCUACUCGCUCAGUUCCUGCGCGCUGCUGGCUUCGGCUCCGGCUCCGGCUCCGGCUCCGGCUCCAGCUCCCCGCGCAUCAAGGUCGACGGCGCAGACGCCUUUGCCUUCCUCGCAGUGCUGCCGCAGCUGCUGCAAGCAGCUUGCUCCCUUCUUGGAGACGUCUCGCUGGAGGAGCUCCUCGGCGCUCCGCUCACGGCGUCGCAAACCCAGCUGCUCAUGAGCGCCGGUCCGGACCUCUGCCGUGGCGAACUCGAGGAUGCGCAGGCCAGCUUCCGUCGCGGCUUCCUCGAGAAGGUGGGCUGGCAGCAGCUGAGCCAGCCGGGGCUUGGCACCGAGAUCAACCUGCUCGUCAGCAUCCACACCGGCAGCGUCAAGUACCAGCCGCAGCUGGCAGAAGUCCGCGCCAACCUCUUCUACUUCCUCGCGCUCGAUUUCUUCUACAACCCCGCUCCGCUCGACGGGCCGCUCGCCGAUCCCGCUCCACUGGUGGCGCAGCUGCAGCAGCUGCACCGUGCGGUCGACGGCUCUCUCGUUGCUGGACGGCACGCAAAGAUGUCCAAGGAGGAGCACAGCACGCGCAACUCGGAGAAGACGAAGCGUGCAACUGAGGAGGCCCUCAAGAAGGAUCCGGACAUGCCCUUCAAGACUUAUCUUCUGCAGGGCAACCGGGUGGCGACGCCGAGCGGCAUGCUGACCGGCUCGCCAGAGCACCGCCGCUGGUACGAGAGCCGGCCGGCGGGCAUCAACCUGAUGCGCUCCGCCAACGUCUUUGGUAACCACACCCCGCGCCCCACCCGCCGCCGCUAGGAGCCGCCUCGUCCAGGCCAUCACGCACCUCUUCCUUCGCCGCGCAUCCCUUCCCAGCCCUCACUCCCAGCCGCGCACUGUAACGCUCCGUACAUCCAUCA